AGCUCCCGCAAAAAACGUUUUUAAUAACUUGAUUGGAGACUGAAAAGGUUGGAGCGACUUUUGCCGUUUUUCGUCACAGUAGUUCAAACAAUGGACUUUCCGCAGUUUCUGCGCUGAGAGAAAACUGCCUGUGAGGUUUUUAAAAACUUCGGACUGGAGAUAAAACGUCAGUAGGCAGUAGUAGUCAGCAGUGGGAGUAAGCAGAAACAAUUCUAGGACGGUAGCGGGGUAAAGUUUUGAAAUUGUUUUUCGCAACAUAAAAUGAGAAUCAGGGAAGCAGAGGAGUGAAAGCGAGUGGAAGAAAUACCUGUGGAUUUAAAUCGCGAGCAGUCAGUCGGAAGAACAUCCGCUAAACUUUUCGGUGUACAACAAAGAUUUUUAACAGAGCCCGUGAGAGUUAUUGGAAUGCGGUGACGCGACCUGGAGUUGUAUCCAACAAGUUCAAAGUUGGAACCGUGAAUUCCGGUAGAAGUGCGUUGUUCCGAGGGACCAGCUAUGGAGAGCGGGUCACAGGGACUGGCGCUGGGGAUACUGUUUGUCGGCGCAUUUUUUAGUUUAGGAUCUGCAAACACUUUGACAGAGCCGCAGUUCAUCCGUAGCCCCGGUAACGUGACGUCAUCGCUUGGGAAGCCUGUAAAGGUGGUGUGUACACUGCAGGGUUGGGGGGGCGAGGACCCCCCUGAUGUGGUCUGGCAGCGGGACGGACAGCCCCUGGAGUACGCCGACACCAACCAAAUACAGGUUCCUGUUGCUUCACGUAGCUGGAUGGUUAUCAGCACACUCAGGAUAGAGAAGGUGCAGCUACCUGACAUGGGUUCCUACCGCUGUGCUGUGAUGUCAGAGGGACACCAAACUCUGUCUGUAGCAGGACACAUUCAUCUAGAAGGUCUUCCUCAUUUCUCUGUGGAGCCUCAGCACCAGUCGGUGGUAGCCAAUGUGUCUCUGAGUCUGCACUGUGUGGCCCACGGCCCCCCGGAGCCCGUCAGAGUCAUCUGGCUGCAGGACGGGGCCCCUCUAAACUCUCUGCAGGACCAUGUUGCCCUGUCCCCCUCUACAGUCAAUAUAACAGGUCUGAACAGAACCAGUACUUUCUCCUGUGAGGCGCACAACCGUAAAGGAGUGGCGACAUCAGGCUCUGGGACCAUCACAGUCCUGCCAUCCCAGCCCCAGAGAGUCAGGGCUGUUGACGUCACCAACUCUAGCCUGCUCCUCUCCUGGGAACCUGGCUUUGGAGGAGUCUAUCCUAUAACCCACUGCACCAUACAGGUCAAGCGUUCAGGAGAGGACGUCGGUGUCGGGGGUGGAUCACAUGAUCCACAACCAGAAUGUGAACAUCCCACCCGCCAGCCACCUGAUCGGGGAUCUGGAGCCGAAUAGUGGCUACGCAGUGAGGCUUGCCUGUCACACCACCCAGGGGGUGUCAGAUUGGACACACUGGGCCACACUACACACCGCAGAAGGAGUGCCCGACGGACCUCCGGGGAACGUCAGUGGGGUGUUAAAUGGGACAGAAGUGAUGGUCAGCUGGGAGGAACCAGAUGGAAGGAUGAACGGAGACCUACAGGGAUACCUGCUGGAGUACAGCAGCCCCAAUAUGGAA